GUGACUGUCAAACCGUUAUGUGUGCCCUUGGAUGGGCUGAAUGGCGAGAUGCAAUUGGACUGACACGUUCAUACGUAGCGAGUAAGUGAAUGGCGCCUGGCACGUGGCGUCAACCAAUCGGGUCUACAGACCACACACAAACACAUGGCCAGCCAGCCAGCCAGCCAUCACUGCACUGCCGGCCUACCUACUCCUCUAUAGUGUCCUAGCUACCUCGCCGCGCUGCCUGUCGACAGCAGACAGGCACUCGAUCAAUGAGUCAAUCAAUCAGUGAGUGGAUAAAUGCAAUCAAUGCACGGACGGACGGACGCUUAAAUGACUCCCUCUCUCUCUCACACGCAUCCCCUCCAUGUGCAUCCAUCGCAUACAUCGAAUCGAUCUGCCUUUAAAGACCACCACAAACCAAACCACCCACCAUCCAUGCCAUCCAUGUACACGCAACACGACACACCACACCCUGCCUGCCUGCCCGCAUGGCAUGGCAUGGAUCUGCUCGCUCAUGAUUUGCCGGUCUGCAUUGGUAUUCUCUUGAGCUUCUUGUCCUGGAAGUCCCGCACAAACUGCCGCACGCUCGAAGCGUCCACGGGCUGAGUCGCCACGUAAUAGGCCUCGUCUGGGAUGUCCAGGAUGAUCAUGUUGGGGGCCUCCUUGCUGGCCGCUGCAUCUGCAGCAGAUGCCUUGCCGGCACGGUCCAACACCACCUCCAGCUUGCACAGAUUGCGGAGGGCAACCGACCUGGCAGACAAUAAAUAUUGCACAGCACGCCCAGAUGAUGUGUAUCUGAGUUUGGUACGUGGCGCUGCUCGGUGGGUCGAGUACCUCGGGCUGACAUUGGUGGCAGUGAAUAUGGCCACUUGCUGCUCCUUCGGCAGUGCCUCCUGCUCCUUCGCAAGAGCCUCGAGGGACGACUCCAGCUGCAACACACACACGUCCAGCCCAGCCCAAUCAUAUCACGGACCGAUGAAUCGAUGACUGACUGCACAAUCCUCCCUGCCUGGCUGUUUGUUCGCGUGUGUAUCCGUCACUCGAUCACCUCUCGUUGCUUCUUGGGUUCUGACGCCUCCAUGAAGACGACGAGCGACGGGUAGUCGGUCAUCUUCUCGGUGUUUUCUGCCAGGUCUGUGACAGGUUUGGGCCGCCAGGGGAACUUCUUGCCCUGUGGGUCGCUGGCCAGCAGUGCCCUGCCCUGUUUGGUGAUGAUCUGCCGGUUCUCGUCCAGCAGCACCAGUGUGGGCAGCGAGGCCACCUCUAGCUCGCUCUGCAGCAGCGAGCGGCGCUUCGAGUCGCCGUAUGGGAUGGCCAGCCACGGCAUGGAGCUGCCGAAGUACUCGUAGAACUUGCUGGCGUCCUCGUCAUUCGACACGAAGAUGACCUCGAAGUCCUUGCCCUCCUCCUUGAACCGCUUGUAGGCCUCGGCCAGGACGGGCGUGAACUGCUUGCAGGGCGGGCACCAGUUGGCUGAGAAGUAGAGCCCCACCACCUUGCCGCUGAGUUGGUUGGCCGACACCGUCCUGUUGCUUGGGUCGAUGAAGUCGGUUCCCACAAGCUGGGAGAGCGGCUUGGGCUCCCAUGGGAAGCCCUCAGGGUCCAUGAGCAUGGCGUUGUAGCCCCGCUUGUUGAUGACCUGUCCGGCCUCGUCGAUGAGUACCACCGAUGGCAUCUGCCGCAGCCGGAACUUCUGCAUGAGCUUCUUGGGCGUCACCCGGUCGUCGAAGGGCAGGGCGUACCAUGGCAUGGAGGCGAAGUGCUCCCGGCGGGCGGUGCGGUCGCUGUCCAUGGGGACAUAGACCACCUCGAACUCCCGCCCCUGCUCCUGGCACUGACGGUAGAUGCGCUGCAGACGCGGACGGAACACCGCGUAGUUGCCGCUCGCCAGCAGGUCCUCCAGACCUUUCCCGUCGAAGUAAAGGGCCACCACCUUGUUGCUCAGCACAUCGCCCGCCGCAACCUUCUUGAUGCGCGGCAUCCGACCACCUUCAGCUCGCCCCUCCCCUCCCUUGUCGUUCUUGUACAGCACGUGCCCGAGCAGAUCUGUCACUGGGGUCGCCGGCCGCUCGAACUGCUUCAUUGCGCGAUACCUCAGCCACCUUCUCAGCCGCCGCACGCCAUAGGUGCCCGCCACGAUGACGGUGCCGCCGCCCACCACCUUUGCCGCGUCAGAGGUAAGCACGUCGCUGAGUGCGUCACGGACGGACCACUUUUCCUCCUCAUCUCGCUGCUGUCUGCGGGGAGCGCGGGAUGAUUUGCCGAUGCCGCGCUUCGGCACGUCGCUGCCGUUGACUCGCGCGCAUGACACGAUGUCCAGAGUGAGAACAGCAAUCACCAACACCUUCAGCCAUUCCACCCAUCUCAGGGGCACCCACCGUCUGUUGUCCAUGAGUAGAUCUGGCGCUCUGGAGAGA